AACCACUUCAGUUCUCUCUCUUUUCUGCUCUUUUGAGUUUCUCAAAAUCUUGAUUCAGAUGGGGAGAGAAAUGAAAGAGGAAGCAGUUGAGGAAGAAGAAGAAGAUGGUCAACAAGAAGAUAGAGUUGAACCCUCUUUAGAUAUUGAUGAAGAAGAUCAAAUGACUCUCACUCAGUAUCUGGCCUCAAAAGGAACACCAGUCACUCAUUCCUCUGUUUGUACUCAGGCAAUCAGAAGAAGCCCGCGGGCAACUAGGAGGUACUCUAAAUUUUGGUUGAAGUUACAUUAUUUUUGUUGUAAACCUCAGAAAUUUGUCUCCGACACUCCUCUGUUUGGAUUAUUACAUAAAACAGAAAAACACUGGAGCUCGCAAUGGUCCGUGAUAAUUUUGAGGUUCCAUCCUCUGCAGUGGAAAGAGCACAAGAAAUUCGAGCGAAUCUUGAUGUUCAGUACCCUAGCUUUGUAAAAAUUAUGCUACAUUCCCACGUUACAAAGGUAUUUUGGUUGGGGAUUCCUACAGCUUUUUGCAGAAUGUACCUGCCAGAUCGUGAUGCAUUAUUCAUUUUGGAAGAUGAAGAGGGGAAAGAAUACGAAGCAAAGUACAUUGCGAGUCGAACGGGGCUUAGUGGGGGCUGGAGACGUUUUGCUGUUGAACACAACUUGCUUGAAGGCGAUGCUGUUGUUUACCAUUUGGUUGAAACUUACAAGUUCAAGGUUCUCAUAGUUAGAGGAACUAACCAAAGCGAAGUGGAUGGAGCCAUUGGCCUUUUGGAGUUGGAUAGAAAUUUGCGUGAUACGAAAUCUGGAGAAGUAACAAAAGAGAAGGGUAAGAGACGUGAGAAAACAAGAAAGAGAAAAGUCUACUUGGAAGAAGAAGAGGAAUGUGAAAGAUCGACAUCUUUUGUAGAUUUUGCGGACUUCAGCAUAAUCGUUAGCGGGAUCAAUUUGGACUACCACAUCCCUGAAAGUGUACGGCUGAAGUACUACGAGCUCUGUCGUGCCCAGAAAUCAUAUCUGCAUGGUGGUCUCCUUGAAACCCUUAGCUCUGCAUCAGCUGCUGAUAUUAUAUGUGAUACAGUCAAGGUUGCCGAUGCAAUCAAAUCUAGCAAUAUUUACACCCCCCAGAGUGAUUUUACAAUAUGUGACAAAACAUUAUCAGGGUUCGAGUUCUUGGGAAUUGAACUUGGAUUCCUGCGUGCUCGCAUAACCAAACUUGCCGGACUAGCAGAGCAAUUAGGUGAUACUCCGCGUGUUAAAAGAUACCAACAGGCCAAACUUCAGAUUAAUCUUGCCGAGGAAGAGGUCAAAACUCUUGAAGCUAGACUUCAGGAAGCACAGCAGGUAAAGAUGAGAUGUACUUCUGAUAUAAAGCUUUUGAAAAAGUAUCUCAACAGGGAUGAGAUAAUGUUCCUGGAAGAAGCAAAAGCUCCAUGGUAAAAGCUUGACAUGUUAGAGAUAUUUUUGUGGAUGCAUCAGAGCUGAAAUGCAUACGUAGACCUACAUGCGCUAGUAAUCUAAUCAUGCUGGUAAAAGAUCUUACCAGAUGCUAGCAGAUUUUUGAUAGCAAUUCAUCCAGAGAUUCUGAUCAUUUUGUAAGCUUGUAAAUGAGUUUGUAUUACAACACCUUCAAGGCAUCUAAAAAAUUUUGAAGUGGUCCUCUUCUUGCCACCAAUCCUAAUUCUUGCUCCUCAUACCAAAGGGCUUAAGGAGGAGUUCAAAAUGUGUUACUAGUUAAGCAGGGGCUAUCCGGCUUCUAAUUUGAUCCCGUAACAUCUUUCCUCAGUAAAACACCGCCAGUGGUCUCGAUCGCCUUUCCCUUCUGACCAGGAAAAUCAUAAAUAACAUACUCGCUCCGUUCCAUAAUUAUUGUCCAGUUUGAGUUUUUAUUUUUAAUUCAAAUUGUACUAGAAGUGCAAUCUCAAACUGAACAAUAAUUUUAAACUGAACAAUAAUUUUAGGACAGAGGGAAUACUAAGAAAGAUUUUCCCUUCUGACCAGGAAAAUCAUAAAUAACAUACUUACCAAGAAAAAUUUUCGGGUUGCUGGGAUCAUCAACUUGAGAAGCAGUGAAUUUAAAAAAUACUGAGAGUAAACAGCCGAAGGGGUAAAAGCAAACUUCUCAACCUUCCCACUAUAUUAGUAUUUUUCUCAUCAUGUUCUUCGUUGUAAAAUCGAAUGCCCAUCGGACAUCCAUGGAUCUCAGCCCUGAUGGUGUCUCCAUCAUCUUCUUUCGAUUUAUCUAGCGAUUCCAGGAAUUGGAGUUCCAGGAGGAGAUAGUUACCGGAGUUGUAGCUGCUUUAAAGAUUGUGUUGUUCCUCUUCAGGGAAAGAUGACUCGGCUUGCUUGAAACCCUUCUUCACAUAUGCUAUUACUGCCUCCUUCGUUUCUUCUUCAUCCAUCCUUCUCCUGCAAUUGCAAAAUCUUCUUCCUCUAAACUACAAAGGAAAAGACACAUCUUUCUUUUUUCCCCGAAAUUUUCACAUUCAAUGUAUGUCAAUAUACAGAAAACUCUUGCCUUCAACAGGGUUUGCCUUUUUCUGCAGGUUCUCAUUUGAUCUUUACACGCUACCAAUAAUCACCACAAGAGCAAUGUCCAUCCUGAAAAUGAUGGUAGCGAAUUGGAUCCCUAAUAACGAUGCAUCGGUUCUCCACUUUCGCUAAGAGUUUGGCAAAGAUAUGGCAGUCUCCACAGAUCCUCAGGUUUUUCCUGAUCCUGAUUGUCUUCCCGCUCGACAAACUCAUUAACCCAAAUACAACUGCUAUCUUUUCGCUAUGGUAGAGCAGUGAGUCUUCCAUCUGUUCCCCUUCAAGAUCUUGCAACACAAAAUUGGUGUCUGGUACAUAUCCCACUUCUUUUAACCUCCCAAUUAUCUGUUUCAGCUCCCAUCGAAUUUUAAAUAUUUGUGGGUGGGAAUCAUCUCCCAUUAUGAAAGCAUGGAUGCGUUUAUCCACUUCAAUCCAACUACAUCCAGGUUCCUUCUUAAUUCCUUUAUGCCUCAUCGCUUUUCGCACUUCAGUUAUCUCAUCCCAUUUCUGAGAGUUUGCAUAGAUAUUAGAUAACAAAAUGUAAGUUCCCGGUUCGUUAGGAUCAUGUUUUAUUACUUGUUUUGCUGCAUAGGCUGCAAGAUCCAUAUUGCGGUGAACCCUGCAAGCCCCGAGUAAUGCUCUCCAUGUCACGGCAUCUGGCUCACAGGGCAUGGAAUGAAUCAGCUGCACAGCUUCGUCAAGCUUCCCAGCUCUUCCUAGAAGAUCAACCAUACAACCAUAGUGCUCUUUUCCCGGAUCAAUACCAAAAAGCCGUUUCAUCGAAUGGAAGUAAUGCUGCCCAACAUCUACUAAUCCAGCAUGGCUACAAGCAAAAAGAACCCCUAACAAGGUGAUGUAGUUUGGUUCAAUCUUGUGGGAGGCCUUCAUUUCCUCAAACAAUUCCAAUGCUCGCCUGCUAAAACCGUUCUGUGCCAAGCCCAUGAUCAUCGUGCUCCAAGACACGACAUCCUUUUCCCUCAUACGACCAAAGACUAGCUUGGCGUCAUCCAAGCUACCACAUUUGCAGUACAUGUCAAGAAGUGCAUUGUUGAGGAUCACGUCGAGAUCAUACUUGAGGACAUGGACGUGAAGCUGUCUCCCAAUUUCCAAUAGUGCCAAGGCAGUACAACCCCUCAGAGCGCUUGUCAGAGUUGACUCCUCAGCCUGGAACCCAGCCCUUUUCAUUGCUUUGUAAAGAUCCAGUGCAACAUCACCAUGGCUAUUCUGGGCAAACCCUCCGAUAAUGGAAUUCCAAACAACCAGAUCAUUAGUGGGCAUCUCAUCAAACACAGCCAUAGCACUCUCCACAUUGCCCAACUUCGAAUAAACAUCAAUCAGAGCACUUCUUACAUAAAUGUCGGAUUCUAGCCCGACCUUCAAGAUGCCAGAAUGAAUCUCCCACAGAAGCCGGAGAUCAUUGCACGCCCUCAGAACCGAAGAGUAAGUAUACAUAUUGGGCUGGACCCCAUCUCUGAGCAUCAAAACUAACAUCUCCAACGCCUUCCGUUUAAACCCAUAGUCCUUACACGCCGCGUAAGCCGAGAUCAUAGUGGUCCAGGACGCGACGUUUCUCUCGGGUAUUUGAUCAAACAUCUCGCAGGCUUCCCGGAAUAGCCCAAAUUUCACAUACAUGGACAAUAAACUAUUGAUGAGAAACGUUUUCGGGGCGUACCCAUCGGAGAAGACGUGAUGGUGAACGGUUCUAGCGUGGUGGAUGGCCUUGUGGGAAACGCAGAGCUUGAUGAGACGGGUGUAAACCACGGCGUCGGCAAAAACUUGAUGCUGAUGCAUCGACUUCAAGGCGGAAAUGGCCCCGUUGAGGUCGCCUUGGUUGCAGUAAUUUAUCAUAUUUUGGAUUAGAUUCUGCGCUGAUGGUAUAUUUCUGGUGACUGAAUUGGAAGAGUAUAAUCGGAGUGGAAUGGCCCAUAAUCUAGUACUUCUCGUCGUCUUCAUUAUCUACAUGAACAUAGUGUAAUUGUGCGAGGAACUGGAUAAAUUCUUAAGCUUCACAGAGCAUAAAGCAAAAAGCACUUAAUUAAUCACACCAAAAAAAGUGUAACUGAACGUCUCAAACAGUGCAGAAUUCGCAAGAAAAAAGUUACAGAAUGAUAAACUUAACCUAUAUUUGGCAAAGGACAAUUUAGAGCAUAGUGUGUGGAUGGACGUUUAGGCUAAGCUAAAGAAAGAGAGAACCUCCUUAACUAAAUUUC